AGCUGAGGAUUAUGGGAGAAAAAUGGCGCUGCCCUUACUGAGGUGCUGCAAUUGCAACAGGCCUUUCACGGUUUUUGUUCGUUUCUUUACAUCAAAGUCGCUUUUAAUAAAUCAGUCCAGUCGGCUCGCUCCAGCAGCGCCUGUUGUGUGUGAUGUUCGGCGGCGGUACAGCUCUGAAAGGGGCAAACACAAGAAUCAGAAGGUGAUGGUUGUUGGUAUCCCGAACCCCUUCAUCUGGUUUCGGACCCGCAUCUACUUCUUUUUGAUCCGAACCUAUUUCGACAAAGAGUUUAACAUCGAGGACUUCACGGAUGGAGCUAAACAAGCUUUCUCUCAUGUGUCAUGGCUGUUGUCUAAGUGUCGCUUUGAGGCUCUUGAGGGAUUAGUCGCUAAAGAUUUAAUAGGGAAACUUCAGGAAAAAUGCUCUCAUUUGGCUCUGACACACCAGAGGGCGCUGUCGGCCGAGUCUGAUGAGAUCAUGUACACAACGACAGGAGAUGUGAGCAUUUAUUAUGAUGAUGAUGGGAGGAAAUUUGUAAGUAUUUUGAUGAAGUUCUGGUACUUGACAAGUGCCAGACUUCCUGAUGACACUGUAGAGGGUGCACGAGUAUUCCAGGUUUCCAUUGGAGGAGAUGGAGAGCGACCGGAGACCAAAAGACUUCUUACAGCCAAUUAUGAAUUCCAAAGGGAGUUUACCCAAGGUGUGACCCCGGAUUGGAUCAUCACAAGAAUAGAGCACUCAAAGCUUCUUGACUGAGUGUGUUGACCUCAGCAGACUCAAAUUAAAAAGAUUUUAGUAAUUUUUAUUGCCUAACGUGCCAUUAAAAUGUAGGUAUAAUUUACACCAAUUUGCUGGGAUAACAUCAGAAAAGAGUGGAGCAAAACUGUCAGCUCUAGAUACUCCUGUUGACGAUAGAAAGCUAUAUAUUUCUACAUAGUUUUUUCUUUUUUGCCCACGGUUCUCAUAGUAAAAAUGUUUAUGUUUGUUAGUUCUUCUUGGCUCCACACUGAACAUAAUUUGACCACGGAAACAGUUUUAAACACUGCAUAUUUAACAACGCAUCAUUCAGUUUUGGGUAAUGUUGGCUCAAAUCUUUUACAAGACAAAGGAACUGUAAAGUAUAAGUACUGUAUUUUGACCACAAAACAAGUUUGUACCAUAAAUCAAAAACAGUAUAUGUAUGUUUUUUUUCAGUUUUAUCGAUAAUUGAAAAUACUGUACAAAAGGCAAAUUGUUCUGGCAAAGGAUUAUAAAUAGUUAGGAAAUCUAAUGAAAUCUUGUUAAUAAUGUGCCCAAAAUGUUUAACAGUAAAACUAAAUUGAAUUGAAGAUUAAA